GAAAUUGGAAUAUAACUAACUUUUUAAAGUUCAUUUUUAAUAUCUUUCACGACUUAAUAAUGACAUAAAUUAAUAUCAAGAAGCUUUUCAAAAUUAUCCUGUUAUCAUAAUCUUGGUUCUAGAGUAACUACCUCGAAAAUAGAAUAUCGAAAUGUAUGGAUGUUAUCAUAUAAAGUAUCGAUAGUAAAAAGUAGUUCAGGAUAGUAUUUAAAAAUAUUUACUUAUUUUUUAUUUGCAACUAUUAAUGGAAGAAAAAUUAAUUUAUAUUAUACGCACAUUAAUUAGUCAUAAAUAUAGUUUGACGAUGAUAAGAUAGCAAAAUAUAAAACUUAUAUGAUAAAUAUGUAAUAUCGUUGAUUUAAGGUUAUAUUUUUGUUCAACAUUUUACACGUGUUUGAUGGGUAAAUAAAUAUUUUAAAUCAUGAAGGAAGUUUUGCUAACGAAUUGUGAAAAGAACUUUAUAAAUAAAUCAGUGGAACAAGGCACACGAUUGGAUGGCAGAUGUUUAUUUGAAGCACGACCUGCUAAAAUUUAUUUUGCAUCCAAUUGGGGUAGUUGUAUGGUUUUGCUUGGUCAAACUAGAGUUAUAGCACAAGUAACAUGUGAUAUUCAGCAACCUAAGACUUCUCGUCCUAAUGAAGGGAUGCUACAUAUAAAUGUUGAACUUAAUCCAAUGGCUGCACAGCAUUUUGAUGGUGGUAGACAAUCUGAGAUUUCAAUAUUGAUUAGCAGACAACUUGAAAAAUGUUAUCAAGAUUCCAAAUGUAUAGAUUUAGAAUCUUUAUGUAUCAUAGCUGAUAAACAAGUGUGGAAUUUAAGGGUUGAUGUUAACGUUAUUAAUCACGAUGGAAAUUUAAUCGAUUGUGCUUCCAUUGCAACAUUAGCUGCUCUCUCACAUUUUCAUAGGCCUGAUGUAACUUCAAAUGGUGAAGAUAUUAUAGUUCAUCCAUUUUCUGAAAAAGACCCUUUACCUUUAACAUUAUAUCAUUAUCCAGUGUGUGUCUCUUUUAUAACAUUUGAAAGUGGAAGUACAGUUAUGGAUCCAACAUAUUUAGAAGAAAGAGUUGGUGUAGCUCAACUUACUCUUGGUAUUAAUUCAUAUAGAGAACUUUGUAGUUUGCAUUUUAAUUAUUUGACAAAAACUAUGACUGUUGAAGACGUGAUAUCAGCAGUUUCUAAUUAUGCAGCAAAUUAUGCUGUUCAAUUAGUGCAACAAAUAAAAGAAGCAGUAAAUUAUGAUGUAGUAACAAGGUACAAGAAAGAUAAUCGUAACGUAAAUCGUUUUAAAGAGUGCAUAAUGACAAAGAAGUUGACAACUAUGAAUAGUGAAUGUAUCAGUAUUAAACUGCGUAAAUGGGGUGAGAUAGAAAAAAUAGAAUCUAAUGUUGACAUAGAGAAAGAGAAAGAAGAUGAAAAUUGUACGAUUAUAAAGCCUGGAGAAGGUUCUGCUGAGUUAAUAUCAAAUACAAGUAUGUCAUUUGGCGAAGGUGGACCUAAUACAUGGAAUUCAUCAGAAUCCUCAGAAGAAGAAAUAAACGAUGUUGAAAUUACUGCGGAGAUAAAGAAAGAAGAAAAUAAAAUAGAAGAUAUAGAAUUAAGUGGAGACAGUGAAGAAGAAACUAUCGAAAUGUUAGAAAUAAAGGAUUUAAUGUAAUGAUUGAAUAAAUAACAAAUCAAAAUUAUAUAAAAAUAUAAUUUAA